AUGGCCAAGUUUCGUACUUUAGACAUUGUACAAAUGCAAGACAUUCCUCGAUCCCCUUCCUUACAUAAGGAGCAACAACCUGGUUUAUACAGAAAAUAUAGGGAGGAUGACUCUGAUUGGAGGAUUGUCAAAGAAUGUUUUCUUACAAAUCCUAAAAGUUGGUGUUACGUUUUCAAUUCUUUCUAUUCCUUAGAAGGGGAGUAUAUAGAUCAAGUAAAAAAAGAUUUGGGUCAUGACCGGGUGUUCAGUGUUGGGCCAUUAAGGUCAAUUUGUGGACCUAAGAGGGUUAACCCGGAUUCUGAUGCUGGUUGUGGUGUGCUCAAGUGGCUUGAUAGAUGCCCGGAAGAGAGUGUUUUGUAUGUCUGCUUUGGGAGUCAAAAAUUACUAUCAGAACCCCAAAUUGAGGCUCUUUCGUUAGGGUUAGAACGAAGCAAGACACGCUUUGUGUGGGUGAUCAAGGCAGAAGGUAGCCAAGUGCUCUCAAAAGGGUUUGAGGAGCGAGUCUCGAACCAAGGUUUAGUGAUUAAAGGGUGGGCACCACAGGUUGAGAUACUAAACCACAAAGCAGUGGGUGGGUUCUUGAGUCAUUGUGGAUGGAACUCAUUACUAGAGAGUAUAAUAGCUGGAGUAUUGGUUUUAGCUUGGCCAAUGUCAGCUGAUCAGUUCCACAAUGCCAAGCAGUUUGUAGAGUAUGCAGGGUUGGCUGUUCAUCUCUGUGGAGGAGAACACACGGUGCCCGACUCGGAUGAAUUGGCUCGGAUCAUUAGCGUGUCGAUCAACGAGAAUAUACCGCAGAAGGAGAAUGCUAAGGUGAUGAGACAGAAGGCAUUAGAGGCAGUGAAACUUGGUGGCAGCUCGUCAUCUAAUGUGAAUGAGUUGGUAAAAGAGUUGAGCCAAAAUAUUGCAUCAAGAACUUGA